AAAAGUUUAGUGUCUGUGCAUAAUGGGAGCUAUUUAAGGAGUGUUGUAUAAAAGCAAUAAUUAUUUUGGUUAUUUUGAGAUUGAGAAAGUAAAGUAGCAAAUGAGGCCUAUAUGGAGAAUUAUAAAAAAAAAUCCGUGCAACAAAGAGACGGUGGAAAGGAGGAGCGUGGUAGAAUAAUAGUAGUAAGGGCGCACACGCAUGGGCGAAAGACGCUAAUGGGGGAAUAAAGAUAGCCGAUUAUCGUUGUCGUGUAAGAAAUCGCGAUUAUCAUAAAGUCAUCGUGCGAUAAAUAUCGGAAUAGUUGAAGCAGAAUGUCGGGCAACUAUACAGCACGUUGCGAGCCAGGUUUAGUGGUGCCGAUUUGGUAUCCGAUGGAGAAUCUUGAUCUUUUUGACAUAGUAUUUCGCGGUGUCAUCUACUUUCUCGUGAUGCUCUAUCUUUUCAUCGGCGUUUCUAUAAUUUCUGAUCGCUUUAUGGCCGCUAUCGAAGUCAUAACGUCCAAAGAGAAGGAGCUGGUGGUGAAAAGACAAGGUAAAGAGCCGCAGAUCAUCAUCGUAAGAGUAUGGAACGAAACGGUUGCCAAUUUGACUCUAAUGGCCUUGGGUAGCAGUGCCCCCGAAAUCUUAUUGUCCAUCAUCGAAAUAUACGCAAAGAACUUCCAGGCCGGUGAGCUUGGACCAGGCACGAUUGUUGGCUCAGCCGCGUAUAAUCUCUUUGUCAUCAUAUCAUUAUGUGUCUUUGUGAUUCCGAAUGGCGAGAACCGGAAGAUCAAACAUUUACGCGUAUUCUUCGUGACCGCGACGUGGAGCAUCUUCGCUUACGUCUGGCUAUACAUCAUUUUGGCCGUGAGCAGUCCCGGUGUUCUCGAAGUCUGGGAGGGACUACUCACGUUCUCUUUCUUUCCCGCGACCGUGUUAACAGCUUACGUGGCGGACAGAAGAUUGCUGAUUUACAAAUACUUGCACAAAGGCUACAGAAUGAACAAGCGCGGCGUGAUCGUAGAAACGGAGGCGGGCGACUCGGACGGAGGUGUGGAGUUGGAGAUUAAAACUCAGCACGAUCAAAUGAAUGGGAUGAUUGAUAAAUAUGUGGACGCUGAUACGGUCGAGUCCCGAGAAUUCGAGCAGACUAGGCGGGAUUACAUUAAAUCGCUGAAAGACCUAAGGAAAAAGUAUCCCCAAUUGUCGCUUGAGCAGCUCGAGGUCAUGGCCCACGAGGAGGUGCUGGGCAAGGGUCCAAAAAGCCGUGCUUUCUAUCGAGUUCAAGCCACGAGAAAGAUGGUAGGUGCUGGGAAUCUGAGCAGAAAAAUCAGCGAACGUGCUCAAAGUGAUUUAAGCGAGGUGAAGGCGGAGCUGCAGCGCGCCGAGGCCGAGAGUAUCGACAUCGAAAAUGUCAAUGCUACCAGGGUUUUCUUCGAGCCAGGUCACUACACGGUUAUGGAGAAUGUGGGGACAUUCGAAGUCGGAGUGACGAGAACAGGGGGAGAUCUCAGCAAGUCCUGCACCGUGGAUUAUUGUACGGAAGAUGGUACGGCCGAAGCUGGCUCGGAUUAUGUUAGUGUUAAAGGUACGCUGACGUUCGAGUCUGGGGAGACGAGGAAAACUAUUAAAUUAUCUGUAAUUGAUGACGAGCUCUUCGAAGAGGACGAGCACUUUUACGUAAGGCUCACAAACUGUUCGCAACCAGCACUACUAGCAUCGCCGAGUUUGGCAACGGUGAUGAUUCUCGACGACGAUCACAGCGGUAUCUUCGGCUUCCCAGAGCGCGAUAUUGAACUUAUUGAGAGUAUUGGCCAAUUUCCGUUACGGGUGAUUCGUUACAGUGGUGCUCGCGGGCGUGUCACCAUCCCUUAUCGAACAAUCGAAGGCACAGCCAAACCUGGCAAGCAGUUCCUCCAUAAUGAAGGUAGCCUUACCUUCGAGGAUAAUCAAACCGAGAAAAUAGUAAAUUUAACGAUAAUUGAAGAGGACUCUUAUGAAAAAGACGCAUUGUUUUAUGUGGAACUUGGUGAACCACAACUUCAAGGAGCUGAAGCAGGACUAGCCGUUGCAGCGGAAAUGAAAUCACCGGAGGAGCGUUCGGAAGAAGAGAAAAUGGCACUUCUAGGCAGACCAAAACUUGGUGAGAUAUUUCGUGCUCAGGUUCGAAUUAAGGAGUCUAAAGAAUUCAAGAAUACCGUUGAUAAAUUAGUUCAAAGAGCUAAUGCAUCGAUAAUAUUAGGAACGAGUUCGUGGAAGGAGCAGUUUACGGAUGCACUGACGGUUAGUGGUGGUGACGAUGACGAGGAAGGGGAUGACGCCGGUGAAGGAUCCACCAGAGCUCCGUCAUCGCCCUCGGCAGGAGAUUAUCUCAUGCACUGUCUUACGAUAUUUUGGAAGGUUCUCUUCGCCUUCGUACCGCCUACCGAUAUUGCCGGUGGUUACCUCUGCUUCGUCAUCAGCAUCUUUGGUAUCGGCGUUGUGACAGCCAUCAUCGGCGAUGUCGCCUCCUACUUCGGAUGCACCUUGGGAAUUAAGGAUUCCGUCACGGCUGUUGUUUUCGUGGCCCUUGGCACUAGCAUACCUGACACGUUUGCUAGCAAGGUGGCCGCUUGCCAGGACAAGUACGCAGAUGCUAGCGUAGGCAACGUGACCGGAAGUAAUGCAGUAAAUGUCUUCCUGGGAAUCGGCAUAGCAUGGAGCAUUGCUGCAAUUUACCACGCUAUCAAUGGCACAACAUUCGAUGUCAAGCCGGGCAGUUUGGCCUUCUCCGUUACUCUCUUCUGUACGGAGGCGUGCGUCGUCAUUGUCGUACUAAUGUGCAGACGAUCGGCGGCGAUCGGCGGUGAACUUGGCGGCCCAUUCGUCCCAAAAGUCGUCACUUCCUUGUUACUCUUCUCGCUCUGGAUCUUCUACCUAAUAAUGUCGACCCUCGAGGCCUAUGGUGUUAUCCAAGGAUUCUAAAGCAAAAGUAUCCUACUCGCAUCGUUCAGGCCUACAUACAAUACCAUGCAGCACUACACUCAUGUAUUAUAUACACAUGCAGAUAUAGAAUUAGUUGAUUGUUUGCUCGUGUUAACAUGUGCGACGAAGCAGAGGCUCGACGACAAGCUUUUUUGAUCCGUGAAAUAAGCAUUUUUAUGGACAACUCAGAAUGAUCGUAAUAACGAAGAUCUCAUUACACUUUAGUA